GAAACUUCCACACCACAACUUCUCCCCCCCUCUAAGCACCAAAACAACCUUUCCUUUCAAGAAAGCUCUCCUCCUCCUCUAUCAUCUUCCACUAUUACCUUUCCUCUUUCUCUCCAAAAACCCUAAAUUCAAUUCUAUUCUAUUCAAUGGUUCCUCCACCACCAAACCACCAAGCAAUCCAACAAUUCCUCUCCUCCGUCCUCUCCCAACGCGGCCCUUCCGCCCUCCCUUACACGGAAGACACCAAAUGGCUCAUCCGUCAACACCUCGUCUCCCUGACCUCCACUUUCCCUUCCCUCGAACCCAAAACUGCUACCUUCACUCACAACGACGGCCGCACCGUCAAUCUUCUCCAAGCAGACGGCACCGUUCCUAUGACUUUCGAAUCUGUCACUUAUAACAUCCCUGUUAUUAUCUGGCUUAUCGAAUCUUACCCUCGUCACCCUCCUUGUGUUUACGUCAAUCCCACGCGCGACAUGGUCAUCAAAAGAUCCCAUUCUUUUGUUAAUCCAUCGGGCCUCGUUGCGGUCCCUUAUUUGCAGAAUUGGAUCUACCCCAGUUCUAAUUUGGUUGAUUUGGCUCGCGAAUUGAGCAUGAUUUUUGGGAGGGAUCCUCCUCUUUUUUCUCAGCGUCCUCGCCCUAGCCCCAAUCCCAGUUAUCAUCCGAAUCAAUCGAGUUUGACGAACUCGUCGACUUUUGGAUCAGUGGGAAGUGGGUAUCCGAGGCAGAUGGUCAGGCCACCACAGUAUCCACCACCGUCGCCUCCGUACGGUGGUGGGGAGGGGAAGGCGGGAACGGAGGACGCGGCGGAGGUUUUUAAAAGGAAUGUGAUUAAUAAGCUUGUGGAGAAUGUUCAUGGGGACAUGUUGCUGCUGAGGAAAACGAGGGAGUCGGAGAUGGAAAACUUGUUCAGCGCUCAAGCUGUGUUGAGGAGGAGAGAGGAGGAGAUUAAUAAAGGGUUGAAAGAAAUGAGAGAUGAAAUGGAAGGGUUGGAGUCGCAAUUGCAAGUUGUUUUGAUGAAUACGGAUGUUUUGGAGGCGUGGGUUAGGCAAAACGAGGGGAAGGUGAAAGGGGGUAUGGAGGACAUUGAUGUGGAUAAGGCUUUUGAGUGUGUGGAUGUUUUGUCGAAGCAGAUGUUGGAGUGUACGGCAGCGGAUAUGGCGAUUGAGGAUGUGGUUUAUUCGUUAGAUAAAGCGGUGCAAGAAGGGGCAAUGCCGUUUGUUCAAUAUUUGAGGAACGUGAGGUUGCUGUCUAGAGAGCAGUUUUUUAACAGAGCUACCGCAGCGAAAGUUAGGGCUGCACAAAUGCAGGCUCAGGUUGCUAGUAUGGCUGCUAGGGCACCACGUUAUGCUAGCUGAAUGAUUGUUUUGAUGGUGAUUUUGAUAUGGAGAUGUUGUAAGGGUCAAUAUAUUUUGAGGUUAGAUUCUUGUGAAGAACUAUAGCAUUUUAUUCUCUCUCUCUGUGUCUGUGUUUUUUUUUUCUUGUGCUGAUAGGGAAAUAAUUAUCUUCUUGUUAAUUAUCAUACCUUCAUGCAAGCUGACAACGGCUACAUUUGCAAAUAUAUUAUGUCUUACAAAUGGUGUGGCAUCAUUUUGCUUAUUAUUAAAGAAUUCAGUGCAUUUUCAUGUUUUA